CACCCCCUUUUCUCUUGCACAAAAGUUCGUUUCACCCUGGAAUUUGUUUAUUGGCAAACUGAAACGCACCAUGGCGCAGAUUUGGGAAUGCCAAGUGGUGCCUGUGAAAGGUUUGUUACCUCAGCCCUUGUGCAAACACCGGAAUGUGCCGCCUGUCUCAGGUGUUGCACCCAGGAUAUGGUUGGAUGUGCAGGUGGCCCAGGGAGAGCUGGAGCACAGAAUGACUUAGAGGGGAUCAGGGCACUUCCAAGGCAAAUGUCAGGUACAUAGUUCAUAUCCUUUGAUGUAACCAUCCCUGCCCCAGUAACAGGCACUUCAGUCUCGGCUCCUUUUCCCCUUGUGAUGGAAAAAGCUGGUGCUGGUGCUGCAGAGUUGGUGCCCUUUAACUGACCCUGUGGAGCUGGAGGAGCUGCCUGCCCAUAACUCCGUGGUCCAGGCCCGGUACACUCCAGGAGUGGUCCGUGCAUCCUGGAGGAAGCAGGAUUGCCAGCACAGGCUGGGCUGGGGCUGCUCUGUGGAAAAUGAAGUCAGUGGGAUGUGGUGGUGUGGGAGGUGUUGGUGUGUCCCACACGGGCUGUGGUGCAGGGGGUUCAUUUUCACAGCAGAUACCUGACUUGGAACAGUAAAUGGCUGAUUUCUGCAGGGAUGGAAUGUUUUGUGGGGAAAUGGGAAGUUCCAGGAUGCUACUGAAGGAUGGGAUGGGGAUGAAGGGCCUCGCCAUGAGCAGCUCUAAUGCUCAGCACGACGACAAGUUUCCAUUCUGAUUCAAAUGCCUGGCCCAGGGCAUUUGCUUUUCUGACAAUUUCAGUAAAGGUUUCUCAUGUAGUUCUGGGUUUCAGGAUGAGCCGUGAUCGGAGCAGGUAGGAAACCCUGCAAGAGCUGUAAAUGGUGCUGUGUGCUGCGUGCAGCUGAACUCAGCAUUCCUUGGGGAGUCAUAGGAUGGUUUGGGUUGGAAAGGACUUUUAAAGUUGAAGAGGAAAUCAGCAGUGAAACACUCCCAGCUUGGUGCCUGGUGUGGAAGGGCUGUGCUCCCCCCAGUUACAUUGUCCUGUACCUGUAGAGGUGGAUGAACGCCUGUAUAAGGCACUUGGCUCCCAAAACCACCUGUUACACACCCCAAGAUGUGCCUCAAACCCUACUGUGUGCCGACAUGCUCCUGGGAAAUGGGCCGGGGAGGGAGCGGGACUGGGAGCCAAAGAACGAACAGGCUCAGUGGAGAGAACCAUCCUGGUAAGGGCCAAAGCUGAAGCAAGAACCCUGACCUGGAGAUCCUGAGGUCCUUUCCUGCCCUGGAACCAGUUGCCCCAGCUUCCCUCCAAGCUCCCAGAGCCAACUCUGACCCCACUCCAUCUUGUGUUGGAGCCCAAACAAACGGUCAAUAUUUUGCCCGGUUUUUGCUUUGCGCUGCGCUCGGUUUCCAGGCUAAACCCUCCCGUGAAAUGCUGAUGGGAGAGUUUUCCAGAGAACCUGGCAAGAAGCAGCGUGAACGUGCUGAUGUGAAUUUCGACGUUAAUCUUCUGUAAAUCGAGUGGCCCAUUUCCGAGGGACAGCCGGGAGAAAUCUGAAUGACGUUUCCAUAGCCCGCGCUAUUGAGAUGAAAUCUCAUGGAUGGAAUUCCGUGGACGCAGCUGCUGUAUCAGCGCUCGGAUAAUGUGCUGUUCUGUUCAGAAGCAACCCAUAAAUAGCGGGGCCGGCCGUGCCGCCGGCAGAGCGGAACCACACCGGAGAGGCAUAAUGACUGAGCAGCAAAGUCCCCCCGAGCAGAUGGCGACUGGGGAGGGAGCUGGCGAGCGAGGUGGCAUCUACAAGAUCACGAUCUACGAGCUGGAGAAUUUCCAGGGGAAGAAGUGUGAGCUGACAGAGGAGCUCCCCAACAUCACCGAGAAAGAGAUGGAGAAGGUGGGCUCCAUCCAGGUGGAGUCUGGCCCGUGGCUGGGCUUCGAGCGACAAGGCUACGCCGGGGAGCAGUUCGUGCUGGAGAAGGGCGACUACCCACGCUGGGACUCCUGGUCCAACAGCCACCUCAGCGACAGCCUGAUGUCCCUCCGCCCCAUCCAGAUCGACAGCGCCGACCACAAGAUCCACCUCUUUGAGAAUGCAGGCUACACCGGCAGGAAGAUGGAGAUCGUGGAUGACGACGUUCCCAGCCUUUGGGCCCACGGCUUCCAGGACCGCGUGGCCAGUGUCAAGGCCCUGAAUGGAACGUGGGUGGGCUACGAGUACCCCGGGUACCGGGGCCGCCAGCACGUCUUUGAGAAGGGCGAGUACCGGCACUGGAACGAGUGGGACGCCAACCAGCCCCUCAUCCAGUCCGUGCGGCGCGUGCGGGACCAGCAGUGGCACCAGCGGGGCUCCUUCGAGAACAGCUGAGGGCCCCUGUGCCCCCGCCGGGGCCGGCUCACGGGGUGCCCCGGCUGAUGCCGUGACCGUGGUGUUUUUUGUGCAAAAACCUCAAUAAAACUCUGAGCUGGA